GCAAAACAGCGCGGCGUCCAGCUGCGCCAGGUCGACCCACCUGCCGACGAAAAUGGCGAGCCAGAGGGAGGCAUCGACAUCAUUGCCGUACACGGCCUCGAUACCAGAUCGCCGGAUACCUGGGAAUUCAAGAUGAAGGACGGGUACAAUGUGAACUGGCUACAAGACAAAAAUAUGUUACCGACGGAAGUCUCCAACGCUCGUAUCUUCACUUAUGACUGGCCGGCUGAGUUAUUUGAGACGCUAGACGCAGAAGAAGACACAAUUCAAGAACUUGCUCUACGGCUACUUGCCGGUAUCCAAGCACGACCAUCCGCGACAAACAACCAGCGUAGUUACAAGGACCGACCAAUUCUGUUUGUCGCUUCAUGUCUCGGGGGCAUUAUCCUAGCGAAGGCCCUCGUCAUGGCUAAGAAUGAGUACCUACCUGUUCGAAACGCAACGCGCUGGAUCCUAUUUCUCGCCACGCCCUUCCGAGGCACAUCAUUCGAGGACGUGGCCAGAUGGGCAGAGCCAGGCCUAAGGACCUGGGCUUCGAUUCGAGGCCGUCGCGUGGCCAGCCUACUAGGUUGGGCGAAGUCAUCAACAUUCGACCUCACUCUCCUCGUUAAUGAAUUCACUCAGCUCUGUGACAACAAGAAUGGCGAGGGCUACAAGGUGCUUACUUUCUACGAGACGGGCUUUAAAAACCUCCCGGCCAAGGUCCCUCUGCUGUCCUAUUUACUCACAUGCGUGCUUGCUAACAGCUGUCAGUUGGUUAGCAAGAGUUCAGCAGUUCUUGACUGCGUCCCAAAUCCACUUCCACUAAGACGAACCCAUAUUCUCAUGAAUAAGUUCCGCGGCCCUAAAGCCGACGACCCGGACUACAAACUGGUCGUGGACAAAAUCCUAGCCUUCCUUGAAGACAUUCGCAAGGGGACGCCGCUUGAGCAAGCAAAUGCAUGGAUACGCGAGAAGCACUAUAAUAAGGAGAGGCUGAAGAUUGAACGACUUUCCGGCGAUCCUUUGCCGAUGGACCAAUGCUAUAUCAACCUAGCACUGAUAGAGACGCUACAAGAGAACAAUUUGAAGCAGAAGUCUGUAGACCAGCCACUGCAGCCUUCACCAUUCUCCCUUACUUCUCGGCUAAUGGUCGAAACACCACACAAGGAUUCUCAGAUAGAGCUACAAAAGCUCUUUGAGCCGCGCAGGCAACCCGACGGCCAGAUGAAAGAGGUAAGGCGAAUACUGAUUCGAGGUCGUGCCGGCAUCGGGAAAACUACUUUAUGCAAGAAGAUCGUACACGACUUUGUUGAGAAAGGGAUGUGGCAAUAUCGAUUUGCUAGAGUACUUUGGGUGCCGCUACGAAAUCUCAAAACGUGGCAUGGUCCAAAGUACGGUACGACGGAGAUGCUUCGUCAUAUCUAUCUACAGCAACGUCCAGACGACGAGUCUCUUGCCCGCGCCUUACAACAGCAUAUGGAGGAUUCCAUGUCCCGCGGCAACCUUUUCAUCCUCGACGGUCUUGAUGAAGUCUCGGAGCUUUUAGACGAGCAACACAACCCCGACAUGUUUAGGUUCCUUGUAGAACUGCUGAACAGGACGAACGUUAUCAUUACGACCCGACCGCACGUUUCGCUUCCGCAUGAUUUUCAGAAGCCCGACCUCGAGCUCGAGACAAUCGGCUUCCGCUCCGACCAGGUAGAAGCUUAUCUCAAAGCAGUUUCGACGCCGAUCGUGUCCCGAAAUAUCCAAUCAUUCCUCCAGAAAAGCCCGCUAAUGCGAAGCCUCGUGCGGAUCCCAAUUCAGUUGGACGCACUCUGUAUUGUUUGGGACGAGACUUUAGAUAUCGACAGAUUGAAAACGAUGACCCAAGUCUAUCAAGCUAUUGUUGAGCGGCUUUGGAGGAAGGAUAUCAAAAGAUUGAGGGAAUCGCAGCCACAUGUCAAAGCCAUGUCGUCACGAGAGAUUGAACACCAUGUCAUGGAAGAGAUUCAACUACUCGAGUCCCUUGCUUUUAGCGGUAUGUGCAGUAAUCUAAUUGAGUUUCAGUCAGUACACCGCGACGCUGUAUGCGACUUUAUUCGACCUGCGCAAACUAGCUUGCCGGUCUACGAGACUCUGGGGCGACUCUCAUUCCUACGGACGUCAGAUGGCGCAGCAGACCCAGCUACCCGAAGCCAUCAUUUUCUACACCUAACAUUCCAAGAGUACUUUGCUGCUAAGUAUUUUGUACGAAUGUGGACGAACAAGACGCUCCGAUAUUUCGACUUAAAUCGCCGAAGGAAAGGCUAUUGCGAAGUCUCUCCUAACGUUUUUCUCGGAGAAAACAAGUACACUGGACGGUACGAUAUCAUGUGGCGGUUCGUUGCUGGGCUGCUGGAUGAAGAGAAGAAGGCAAAUGAUUUCUUUGAGGAAAUAGAGAAAAAGCCGAUCGACCUUCUAGGGCCUACCCACCAGCGGCUGGUCAUGCACUGUUUGAGCGAAACAGUUUAUUUGAUAUCUAAGGUUCGAAGGCAUAAAGAGGACCAGCUAUCAAAAUGGGUUCUAUUUGAAAGGGACUUCACAGGAUCAUCAAGAUUCCCAAGAGAAUCAGAGAUUCCUGAUCAGGUAUUAAACCGUGUCUUGGGUGCUUCUGGAGACAAAGACAGCAACGUACGAUCUUCCGCCGCUGAAGCGCUAGGCAAGCAGUCGACGUUAUCAGACACAACCACGGCCGCCCUUGUGGGCCUCUUCAAGGACGAGAAAAGAAAUGUACGAAGAUCCGCCGCUGAAGCCCUAGGCAACCAGUCGACGUUAUCAGAAACAACCAUGGCCGCCAUUGUCGGACUCCUCAAGGACGAGGACUGGAAUGUACGAUAUUCCGCCUCUAUCACCGUAGGCAACCAGUCGACGUUAUCAGACACGACCAUGGCUGCCUUUGUGGAACUCUUCAAGGACGAGGACAGCGAUGUACAAAGAUCCGCCGCUGAAGCCCUGAGCAAGCAGUCGACGUUAUCAGACAAGAUAUUGGAUACGUUA